AAAGGUGAGCAGUGUGUUACACACUGAAUUGAUUUAUUGGCGAGCAUUUUAACCUUUAAAAAGCUCACGAGCAGAAUUUAGCUGGUGACACUGCGCUCAACAGAUGAUUUAAGCCAUCCUCGACUGCAGUGCGUGGUUGCACGAAAUGUAUCCGGUCAACCUGGCUGUGUUGCUGUGCACUGUGAUAUCCUAUAUAUCAGGGGCGAAGAUAUCAAAACGCAUCAUCGGUGGCUACAACGCCAAAGAGGGUCACUAUCCGUGGGCAGUGUCGAUCAAAGGAGUUCAUCCGAAAUCUCGAAGCAUUACGUUCUGUGGCUCCACAAUAGUGACAGAUCAAUGGCUUCUAUCCGCAGCCCAUUGUUUCUGGACUGAUCCUAAACAAAAAACUCACCUGAUGGAUCCAGCCAACUGGCAAGCACAAGCGGGAAACACGCAGAUUGAACUAGCGCCUGAGAAGCCUGGAGACUCGCUGGUUGGCAAACUGAUGGACAACUCCCCGGUACAUUCGUUCUCAGACUUUCUCGAUGCACUUCUGGAAUUUUUCAGAGGGUGA